GGGGGUGAGUAAAUUAUCAGGAAAUUUUAAUUUGAAAGUGAACGAAUCCUUAAGGAAUCACACCAACUAUAAAGUACACAAGUGGUAUAUUUAUUUCCAUUGGUUUUUCUACAUGAAAUGACAGCAAGUUAAAUGUUUAUGAAUAGAAAUCAAAAUCAAAAUUGUGGUUUUCCCUAUAUCCAAAUUAAACUAUAUUGCUUAAUCUUUCUUUUUACUUUCCAACACUACAACUGAUACAAUAUAUUUGACUGUUUGCGUGUGUGCGUGUGUGUGUGUGUGUGUAGAUUAUCUGGCUGUAUGGUGACAGAGGAAGGCUGUUGUUAUCUGGCUUCAGCUCUGAGUUCAAACCCCUCACACCUGAGAGAGCUGGAUCUGAGCUACAAUCACCCAGGACAAUCAUUAGUCAAGCUGCUCUCUGAUCCAAACUACAGACUGGACAAACUCAAUGUGGAUCAUGGAGGAGAGAUCAGGAUCACAGCAGGACCACAGAAAUAUGCAUGUGAUCUCACACUGGAUUUAAACACAGUAAACACUCGUCUUGCUCUGUCUGAGAGGAACAGAAAGGUGAUGUGUGUGGGAGAUAAUGAGCCGUAUCCUGAUCAUCCAGAGAGAUUUGAUGAGUGUCUUCAGUUUCUGUGUAGAGAGAGUCUGACUGGACGCUGUUACUGGGAGACUGAAUGGAGCGGGUGGGCUGAUAUAUCAGUGGCAUAUAAAGGAAUCAGCAGGAAAGGAUUGAAGUAUGACUGUUUGUUUGGAUACAACGAAAAGUCCUGGAGUCUGGACUGUUUUUAUGAGAGAUUCACUGUCAGACACAAUAAUAAGAUCACAGUCAUAUCUGCUCCUUCACGUCUCUCUAACAGAGUAGGAGUGUAUCUGAACUGGUCGGCCGGCACUCUGUCCUUCUACAGCGUCUCUGACACACACACACUCACACACUUACACACAUUCAACAGCACAUUCACUGAACCCCUCUAUGCUGGAUUUAGGCUUUAUUAUGAUAGUUCAGUGUCUCUGUGUGAGAUUAAACAUCUUCCUGUGAGAAACAACUGAGACACACAGAUGAGUGAAAGAAACACACUCACAUUAUCUCUCUCUUUAACUCACACAGCUGUAAACUCUUUCUCUCUUCUCAUCUUAAUUUCAGUGUGUAUAUAGAAACACACACACUGAUUUCAGUCUAAAUGAGACACACCACAGACUUCUAUUGUGUUUCUAUAAAGACAUUUGAAUGCGGCUCAACAGGAGUUUAGUCUUUCUGAGUCUCUGAGCGCCACCUGGGCUGCGUUCCACUCCAGUUUUAGACACGCACUCGCGAACUUCCCUACACACUUCCCCUUGGGGGAAUCUAUGCCGCCAUUUUGAAGUGCGUUUCACUUGGUGAAGUGGACGAGGGAAGUUUUAACCGAGGGAGCGAGUCUACUUCACAUGUACACUUCAGGCAGCUCCAUAACCCACAAUGC